GUACGUACAUGAUGGCUACGAACACAAGUCCCAUGUCGGCGGACAACGGUACUCAACAGCGACCGCAGUCAACGGUGAGCAACGAGAACCAUUCCCUCGCCAUCGACAUGGAAGCAGUCUCAAACGUGCGUCUCCCGCCAUUUUGGCCGAAGAAUCCGGCAGUAUGGUUUACUCAAGUGGAAGCGCUCUUCGAUUUGCGCCGCAUCACUGCACAGCGCGCCAAGUACCUUCACGUCGUCUCUACACUGCCAUCUGAAGUUGCGGACGAAUUCGACGACGUGCUGAGCCUUCCACACGCAACGCGACCAUACGACCAUUUCAAGACCAUUGUUCUGACGCGCAAAGCGCUCUCGGAACGCAGCCGCUUGCAGCAACUUCUCAACACGGAGGAGCUGGGAGACCGACGACCAUCUCAGCUGCUGCACCGAAUGCGCCAGCUACUCGGCGACAGCAUGCAAGAUUCCGAGAGUCCUCUACUUCGUGAGUCAUUUCUGCAGCGUCUGCCGCAAAACCUUCUUCCUGUCCUGGCUGCUGCAGGCGACAUGCCGUUGGAGAAGCUAGCCGAGCUCGCGGAUCGCGUUGCAGAAUACUCCCGCGCUGGCCCGUGCACGGUUGCGGCAGCGACCGGCGUGACACCGGAUACACAAGCGCGGCACUCUCGCCUCGAACGCCUCGAAGAAAAGAUAGAGCAGCUCGCUGCCUCCAUCGCCGCGAUGUGGACUUCGACCGAUGGUCGCUCUCACGGCAACUCACGUUCGCGUUCUCGUUACCGCACUAGAAGCAACUGUGCCGGCUACUGCUGGUAUCAUGUCCGUUUCGGCGCCAGGGCUAAUAAGUGUCGGGAGCCUUGUCGCUGGCAGGAAAACACGAACGCGAGUCGCUAAUGGCGGCGAGUGACUGGCUUGACCCCACAGCGAAACGCACCUAAUGAAACAUUCUUGUCUCCCAGUGGGGGCGAGCCUCCCGAUUACAGCGCCAGCACAGCUGUCCAUGUUACUGUAUGUAACACAGUUACUGUUACUGUCUGUCCAUGUUACUGUAUAACAUGGACAGAUUUACUGUAAAUGGCAUGAACAGUGUACGUUAUACAAAGAUUUACUGUCAAUGCUAAUUCCGCCUCCGCUUUACCGAUCACUAUAUAUUGAAUGGCCAGGCCACGAUGUACUAAAGCGAGUUCGUAAGAUGUAUAUGUAUAUAUCCCCUUGCUGCAAAGCAUUCUUUUAUAAACUUCAUAGUGAAACCUUACCGGUAAAAACAUGGCUAUAGAAAAAGGGUAUCUUUGUGUCUUCUGUUAACUAUAGUCUUUGUGAUGCGGCAGAGACAACUGAACAUUGUUUUAUUGGUUGCAAAGACGCCAUCCUAUAUUGGGAUGUCCUCCAACGAACUCUAAAGAAAGAAAUUGAAAUCAAUCCUCAUACUGUGCGAUACCUGCUGCCGACCUCUGAUGACAACGUACCUUUCGACAUGUUUUUUUUUUUUUUUUUUUUUUGUGGGAAUGCAGUUUGUGGAAGGCGCGAGUGAUGGACCAUAUAACGCAGAACCGGUUGUACCUCCAAGAGUGAAUUUCAUUCGAAUUACUGUGCACCUAAAACAUGUUUAUGAUGGACUUGAUAUUCAACCGACGCCACGGACGUGACGGCGCAGAAAAUGCAGAGGAGGAGAGCCACGUAAUGAGUAUCAAAUGAGCGCGUUCA